AUGAAUGUGGACUACUUUAUCAAAGCAACUCAUCCGAGCACUAUUCUCGAUCUGGAGCCCCUUGAGCUUAAGGACGAAAGAUUAUCCGCAUGGCACGACACUUUUGUGGACGUACCAACCCCUUUGAAAUGCAAGUACGAUCGCAAUGUCAAUCUUUCCGGCGCGGAAUUUAGCAGCAUAGAGGAAUGUACCGCAGCUCUAGCCACUAUCAUGAUGUAUGACAAAUGUGGCUUACUGCAAAUGGUUCUUUACCAAGAUGGCCGCGAAGAGAUUCGAAAACCAGCACGCAAGAUUGUGGGCGAGAGAAAACUUAAGCCCUUGAUUGAACUACUCAUGCCUUGGGUUCCUCAACUUUUUUCUAGUUCGUUCACGGAGAAUGACUUGAUUGAUCCAAGGACGUUGAGAAUAAUGUGUGAUGCGGUGGCCGCAGUUGCAAAUAACAUGGAGAUGCCUGAGAUUGAAGCCGAAUGUGUGGGCCCUCAAAAGAUCUACAAGUCUCUCACGCGCCUGAUGAUGGAUCUAGGAGAGGCCAUGGUAAGAUGUGAGGGUGUGGAAACUUAUCUCGCCACCAGUUUGUUCUUGUUUUUGGCAGCGGAAGAGAUCUAUUCCCAUUUAAAGGAGUCAGAUCAACUCGCUCUCCGAUCUAUCGUAGCGAUGUUCCUCAGAAACUAUGUUGCUUCACUCUUGCUGGUUGAGUCAAUAGAUUCUCAAACACACAACCCUAAAUUGGCAAAGGUGAUUGCAUAA